AUGACAACAAGACCUAAUCCACAGAUAUCAUAUUCAGCAAUGCAUAAUAAUAAUAAUGAUGAUCAACUUUUUUCUGACGACCAAAUAGCACGUUAUGAUGCAGAUACUAUAAAAAAUCGUUAUGGUGAUAACUGGAGAAACUAUGCGUCAAAUAUACGUGAAAUAAAACAAGCAGACGGAACAAUUGUACGAGAAUAUAUUAUUGAAGAUCCAACUUUACUUAGAGAAAUUAAACCAACUUUAGAUUCAACAUCAUCAACAACAGGUUCCGAUGAUGAACAACGAUCAUCAAAAAAUAAAUUUGCUCAAAUAAAAGCAAAAUUUGAACAAAAAUCUUUAACAAAUGUUAUGGGAUCUCCUUCAUCAUCAUCUCCAAGUAGCAAUACUACAACAAUAACAACACGUCGAAAUUCUAGUAAACAAAGUAAUGAUUUAUAUGAAAGAAAUCAUCGACGAUCCAAUGAUACAUCAUCAUCAAAUCAUCGAACAAAUGUUGAUCUUCCUCCUCCUCCACAUCCAGUUCUUUCAAAUACAUCUUCAAGUAAUGCAAAUAGUGUUCAAUCAAAAAUAUCAUCACAUCAAUCAAUGCGACGUUUAAAUUCAGCUGAUGAAGCUGAUGAAGAAGUACAUCGUAUACAUCGAGAAAGUCAAGAACUUCGUCAACGACAUAAUGCUCCAUCUCCUGUACCACAAAUCAAUAAUCCAAUAAAACAACAACCCAAUGUUCAAUAUGAAGUUAUUGAUGAAGAUGGAAAUCCUAUGGUUAUUGAUGAUGUACAUGAUUUAAUUAAAAUGUCAGGUGUUACAGCACGAGAAGUUAAACAACCGAAUGGUACUAUACUUCGAGAAUAUGUUAUUGAUGAUCCAGAAAUAUUAUCAAAAUUUCGUUCACAACAACAAUCACCAACAAUGUCUCAACAACGAAAUUCUCAUGAUAAUAUUCCUGCACCUCCACCACGUGUUCCUUUAAAACAACCGACAUUAUUUCGUCAAGGAUCAUCAAAUGGUGAUCAAAGUUCUCCAACUAAUAUUCAACAUGUUCGUGUACUUGAACCACAACGUCGUUAUGAAUAUGUAACAACAUCUGGUAAACGUAUUGAAUUUAUGAUAACAAAUUCAGGAUUAGAUAGUUCAACACUCAAUGAUUCAGAUAUACGUGAAGUAGCUACUGCAAUUAAUACACGUCUCUUACCAGAUUCUUCACCAGCUUCUACUAUUCCAACACAACCAUUUAGUCUUCCUAAACAAUGGCAUCCAGCUGUUGAUUUAACACAUCGUGAUUUACCAGUACGACAACGAAUUGGUUCAGAUAAUCAACCACCUCGAAAUACUUCUAAUACUGCUUUUCAUCAAGUACAUCCAUUGCAUACAGAAUUAUCUCGUUCAGCAUCUUAUGGUGCACUUAAUCAAACAUCAUAUCAACAAACAUUUGCACCCGUUUUUACUGAACCACUUAUUGAUUGGAGUGCACUUCAACAACAAGAUCCACAUGGUCAGAUUGAUCCUCAACUUGUUAAACAAUUUAUUACACAAAAACAUCAAUCUGGAACUUUUCAAACAUCAGCUCAAUUUUUACCAGGACAACAACAACAACAACAAAUACAACUACCAAAACAAACACCACCCCAACCGCAACAACAACAACAACAACAACAACAACAAAUGUCAAGAUCCGCAGCUUCAUCACCACAACAAAACCAUGCACCUAUAUUCUAUCCACAAUCAAUGCCUUAUCCAUAUCAAGGACAACAUCAACAUGGUGUUACACUUAUGACUACUGAUAAUAAUGAUUCAAAUCAACAACAUCAACAUCAACAUCAACAACAAGCAACUAUGAUUAAUAAUGGACAUACUAGAAUUUAA